CGCCGUUGCUCUGCCCAUCCUUCGAUUUCUAGAACCUUAUCGACCAUCGACUCCAACCCCGGCCUUAUUCUGGCCUCAAAUCUCUCUCUUUCUCUGCACAGACAUACAUACAUGUAUAUGUAUAUAUAUAUAAUCCCUCCCCAAGGGUUUGUCUUUUGUGCUCGGAAUAUAAUAUUCAUCUCAAGAUACUCCAUUUGCAAAUUCCCUAGUUCGGCAAGAGUUGGGAUUUGUCUGGAUUGUAGUUUGGAGUUUUCUAUUUAAAUCAUAUUUGGGCAGUAGUCUUUACACUCAGAAGAAUCUGAACCUUUUGCGUUUUUUAAUUCGGGGCCAUUUUUCAGAACCAAGAACAAGAUUAUAGAACAGUUUAGAUAUUACUAAGGUUCUUCACAUUGUCUUUUGAGUAUGUCUGCUGCCCUUUUGUGGAUUGCCUCUCCCAUUUUCGACAUCGAGUCGAGCUGCAAUGCUGUGAUGAACAGAGAUAGAAAAACCAGGUUGAGUUAUGGCUGGUUGGGAGGAUCAGUGAUAGGGAGCAAAGGGAGGAGAGUGAUCAUGGCGUCGAGUGUGGUCGCAAGUCCGGUAGGCGAUGUGGCCUUAAGAUCAUCGGAGCAGAAGGUUUAUGAAGUUGUAUUGAGGCAGGCAGCUUUGGUGAAGAAGAGAUUGGGAAAUGAAAAGGAUAUGGAUGCUAGGACAGAUAUCGUGCUGCCGGGGUCUCAAAACUUGUUGAGCGAAGCCUACGAGCGUUGUGGUGAAGUGUGCGCCGAAUAUGCUAAGACAUUUUAUUUAGGGACUAUGUUGAUGACACCUGAAAGAAGACGCGCCAUAUGGGCAAUAUAUGUGUGGUGUAGGAGAACAGACGAGCUCGUUGACGGGCCAAAUGCAUCGCAUAUAACUCCAAUAGCCUUGGAUAGGUGGGAAGCGCGGCUCGAAGAUAUUUUUAAAGGACGCCCUUUCGACAUGCUCGAUGCAGCUUUAUCAGAUACAGUCACAAAAUUCCCCGUCGACAUCCAGCCGUUUAGGGAUAUGAUCGAGGGAAUGCGAAUGGACCUUCGGAAGUCAAGAUACAACAGCUUCGACGAACUGUAUCUAUAUUGUUAUUAUGUAGCCGGGACGGUGGCAUUGAUGAGCGUACCCGUUAUGGGCAUAGCGCCCGAGUCGCGGGCCACGACGGAGAGUGUCUACAACGCUGCAUUGUCAUUAGGCAUUGCGAACCAGCUGACGAAUAUACUCCGGGAUGUGGGAGAAGACGCGAGACGAGGAAGAAUUUAUCUACCACAAGAUGAAUUGGCGCAGGCGGGGAUAUCAGAGGAAGACAUAUUUUCCGGGAAGGUUACCGAAAAAUGGCGAAAUUUCAUGAAGAAGCAAAUUAAGAGGGCUAGGAAAUUCUUCGAUGAUGCGGAGAAAGGUGUCACAGAACUCAGCUCGGCUAGUAGAUGGCCGGUUUGGACGGCGUUGGAUCUUUACGAACAAAUACUAGACGACAUUGCGCGCAACGACUACGAAAACUUCAGCAAGAGGGCUUAUGUUAGAAGACCAAAGAAGUUUGCUUCAUUGCCAAUUGCUUAUGCAAAGUCUCUUGUUCCUCCAUCAUCCUUAGCCUCUUCUCCUCUUGUGAAGGGAUAGACAGCUUCUUAGCCCUUUAUUGCAUCCUUUUUGAAAUCUGUAAAUCAAUUUUAUUUCUAGGAAAAGGGAUUCAACAAUAUAUAGAUUUGAUAGUCACCAUUAACAUGGUUGGUUGUUUAAAGAAUGAUUAGCCAUGGCCUGUGAAUCUGAAUAUUGAAUGAAUUAGUUCAGUAGAAGAAUUGGUUUACAUGGCCACAAUUUGAUUCUUCAAAUCAUCAUUUAGUUCAA